CAAGUCAAUUCCCUUUUCAAUCAAAAAUACAGCAAGUACCACUUUAAUAUUCUUCCUCGAUUCCCGGUCCCGUCCAAGUAUUACUCCAUAUUUAAUAAUAGUACAAUCUUUGUACAAAUUAAAUAAUGUCGGUGCAAACGUUAUUAAUGGACUUUUCGAUUGACCCCGCCCGUUUAGGCGACGAAAGCGGUCAAAAGGCAGUUUUUAGUCAGCUGGAAACCGUUUUAAAAGAUUAUGUGCCGAAUCUUAUUUUAGCCGCAGAAGUAGCCGUAGAUGGCGGGUCCUUGAAACUAUUAACGGGUAAGAAGGGCACGACGGUAUCAGUAAGACUGUUCGAUCGUGGCCUGGUUACAGUAAACAUUGAAUAUUACAAAGAAGACUCUGAAGAACCUUUAAUAAGUUUCAAGAACACUAAACUACUGGAAGGUUCUGUCAGAAUUUCAUUGGAGUGCGAAAGAGUUAAACUAUUGCCGACAAUUAAAAGGGGCUAUAAGUUUGACGUUUACCUUACUAGCUCAGAUGAAAGACUUCUAGAGUACGAUAUCGACAAUGUGGUGUUCGACGAACAGUCCCCCUUCCAGAGGGUGCAGAUAGUGCACUCCAAGUCCCUUGGGAACAUGUUGGUGCUAGAUGACUUGCAAAAUAUUUCAGAGGCUGAUCUCAUAUACACAGAAACUUUGAUGCAACGAGGCAAGGAAAACUAUGAAGGAAAGGAAAUCGUUAUUUUAGGCGGUGGCGACGGAGCGCUCCUAUACGAGUUGCUGAAGGAAAAGCCCAAAUUCGUAUGGAUGUUGGAGAUCGACGAAGUGGUGAUGAGCGCGUGCAAUAAGCAUCUGCGUCCCAUUUGCGGCGACGUAUUGGAGAGACGAAAGGGGCCUAACUAUGAAAUAAUCGUAGAAGACUGCAUGUUGACCAUAAACAAAUUCAUCAAGGAGGGCAAGAAAGUCGACUACAUAUUUGGGGACCUCACCGACAUUCCCAUCUCGGAGUCGGCCUGCGGCGAGCUCUGGGAGUUCAUGAUCACCAUCCUGAACUCAUCCUUCAAGAUACUCAAGCCUGACGGGAAGUUUAUGACACACGGCAACGGUGCCACCAGCUCGGAGUCCCUAGAGCUGUACGAGCAAGAGCUAGCCAAGCUGAAGCCAGCCGUCUCGUUCUCCAAGAGCCGAGCCUUCGUGCCCUCCUUCCUCGAAGACUGGAUCUUCUACCAAAUAUCCUUCUCCGCCAACAACGGCGCCUAACAACCGACCAAAGACAACAGUUCCUUAAUCAUCUCCCUAAGUCAUAUUGCCAUAUAUGUAGUUAGUAUUAUUGUUAAGCAUACACGGAUACAAGUAUUCGAAACAGUAUUUGACGAUUUUUGCAUUUGCAAUUGUUUAGUUUGUAAGCAUAAUGAUACACGAUUCGAAGCUAUAUUGUUGGUAUUGAUUUAUGCUUGUUUUGAUUGUUUUAUGAUUAAUAAAAGUAUUUUAUCACGAAAA